AUGAAAUUUUAUAUUGACGACCUACCUAUUCUGUUUCCAUAUCCAAAGAUAUACCCGGAGCAAUACCACUACAUGUGCGAUAUUAAACGUACUUUGGAUGCUGGUGGAAAUAGUAUAUUAGAGAUGCCUUCAGGAACAGGUAAGACUGUCUCUUUACUAUCCUUAGCUGUGGCAUACCAGAUGCAUUAUCCUGAACAUAGAAAAAUUAUUUAUUGUUCACGUACCAUGUCUGAAAUUGAAAAGACUUUAGUAGAAUUAGAAAACUUGAUGGAUUAUAGAGCCCGUGAAUUAGGAUACCGUGAAGAGUUUAGAGGUCUUGGAUUAACAUCCAGAAAAAAUCUAUGUUUACACCCUGUGGUCUCUAAGGAAAGAAAAGGUAGUGUGGUCGAUGAAAAGUGUAGAAGACUAACAAAUGGUGUCAACAAACGUAAGUUAGAGGCUGAUCCAAAUGCCGAUGUUGAAUUAUGCGAUUAUCACGAAAAUUUAUAUAAGAUGGAAGUUAGCGAAUAUCUGCCAAAUGGUGUAUUUUCAUUUGAAAAACUGAUUAAUUACUGUGAGGAAAAGACGAUAUGUCCAUAUUUCACCGUACGUCGUAUGAUUUCAUUGUGUAAUAUUAUCAUCUAUUCCUACCAUUAUUUAUUAGACCCAAAGAUUGCGGAAAGAGUUUCCAAUGAGGUAUCAAAGGAUAGUAUAGUUAUUUUUGAUGAGGCACAUAAUAUAGAUAAUGUUUGUAUCGAAUCUUUGUCCUUAGAUUUGACAAAUGAUGUUCUUAGACGUGCAACGAAAGGUGCGAACGCUCUGGAAGAUCGUAUCGAAGAUGUUAGAAAAGUAGAUUCUCAAAAAUUACAAGAUGAGUAUGAUAAAUUAGUUCAAGGAUUGCAUAGUAGUGAUAUCAUAAGGCCUGAGGAAGAAACAUUUGUCGAACCACCAGUUCUUUCUGAGGAUUUGUUGACAGAAGCAGUUCCAGGUAACAUUAGAAGGGCCGAGCACUUUGUUUCUUUCUUAAAGAGAUUGAUUGAAUAUUUGAAGACAAGAAUGAAGGUCCUUCAUGUGAUUUCAGAGACUCCCAAAUCGUUUUUACAACAUUUGAAACAAUUGACUUUUAUUGACAGAAAACCUUUACGAUUCUGUGCAGAAAGAUUAUCUUUGUUGGUAAGAACUUUGGAAGUCACAGAAGUAGAAGAUUUCACAGCAUUAAAGGAUAUUGCAACGUUUGCUACUUUAAUAUCCACUUAUGAGGAUGGAUUCUUGUUAAUAAUUGAACCAUAUGAAAUAGAGAAUGCAGCAGUUCCUAAUCCUAUCAUGAGGUUUUCUUGCCUUGAUGCCUCUAUUGCUAUCAAACCAGUGUUCGAGAGAUUUUCUUCCGUUAUCAUCACAUCAGGUACUAUAUCUCCUUUAGAUAUGUAUCCAAGGAUGUUAAAUUUCGAAACAGUGUUACAAAAAUCAUAUGCAAUGACGUUAGCAAAAAAAUCAUUCUUACCAAUGAUUAUUACCAAAGGUUCUGAUCAAGUCGCAAUAUCGUCACGUUUUGAAAUUAGAAAUGAUCCAAGUAUUGUCCGUAAUUAUGGUUCAAUGCUUGUUGAAUUUGCAAAAGUUACUCCGGAUGGUAUGGUUGUUUUCUUCCCAUCAUAUUUGUAUAUGGAAAGUAUUGUCUCCAUGUGGCAAACUAUGGGUAUUCUUGACGAAGUAUGGAAACACAAGUUGAUAUUAGUGGAGACACCUGAUGCUCAAGAAACUUCGCUAGCUUUAGAAACAUAUAGAAAAGCCUGUUCAAAUGGCAGAGGUGCUAUAUUACUUUCUGUGGCGAGAGGGAAAGUUUCAGAGGGUAUCGAUUUUGAUCAUCAGUAUGGGAGAACCGUUCUGAUGAUUGGUAUUCCAUUCCAAUAUACCGAAUCCCGUAUAUUGAAAGCUCGUUUAGAAUUUCUAAGAGAAAAUUAUCAAAUUAGAGAGAACGAUUUCUUGUCGUUUGAUGCAAUGAGACAUGCUGCCCAAUGUCUAGGGAGAGUUCUGAGAGGUAAAGACGAUUACGGUGUUAUGGUAUUAGCAGAUCGUAGAUUCUCUAGGAAAAGGAAUCAAUUACCGAAGUGGAUAUCGCAGGGUUUAUCGGAUGCAGAUCUAAACCUGUCCACUGAUAUGGCAAUUUCUAAUGCUAAACAAUUCUUGAGGACGAUGGCCCAACCAACUGAUAUAAAGGAUCAAGAAGGUAUUUCAGUUUGGAGUUUGAAUGACCUAACAAAAUACCAGGAGAAAAAGAAAAAGAGACAGGAAGGCAUCAUAGAAGUCGAUGUUACUGAGAACGUAGACGGUGAUGGUGACAUUGAUAUGUACUGA